CAUCUUCACUGAGCGGCGAGCACGCUUCCAUGGCGCUGUUAUUGCCGCGCCUCUCACCUUCCUCCUCCUCUUCUCCUUCGCUUCACGGCGCACUCCUCUCGGCGUGCUUCAGCCCGAGGCCGAAUCGCCUUAAUCUUAGGAGAUCCCCCUCAGCCGUCAGAGCUUCAUGGCAAGAGCUUGCAGGGGUUCUGAUCUUCUCUGCGAUACCUUUCACGGCAGUGAAGGCCGUGGCGAACAGCUCCCUUGGGGAGGGACUCCGUCAGAGAAUGGAGGAAACGAAGAAGGUCGCCGUGGAGAGCUCGGCAAGGUUCAAAUCUCUCGCUAAGAAGGCAAGAGAAGAAAGUUUUUGGUAUGGAAGAGGGCGUCCUCGUUGGCUUGGUCCAAUUCCAUAUGACUAUCCUCCUUAUCUUACUGGAGAACUUCCUGGUGAUUAUGGAUUUGAUCUUGCAGGUCUGGGAAAGGAUCCCGUAGCUUUCCAAAAAUAUUUCAACUUUGAGAUUCUUCAUGCUCGGUGGGCUAUGCUUGCAUCUCUUGGUGUUGUUGUUCCAGAAUUGUUAGACCAAUUUGGUGUUGUGCAUUUCGUAGAGCCUGUGUGGUGGAAAGUUGGGUAUGCGAAGCUUCAGGGUGAUACUCUUGACUAUCUUGGCAUUCCAGGAUUUCACAUAGCUGGCAGUCAAGGAGUCAUUGUCAUAGCUAUCUGCCAAGCUCUUCUAAUGGUUGGGCCGGAGUAUGCUAGAUACUGUGGAAUAGAGGCUUUGGAGCCAUUGGGCAUAUACCUACCAGGUGACAUAAAUUAUCCUGGAGGUCUACUUUUCGACCCUCUGGGACUUUCCAAUGACCCAGUUGCUUUUGAAGAGCUCAAGGUAAAAGAGAUAAAAAAUGGACGCUUGGCAAUGAUUGCUUGGAUAGGCUUCUACCUUCAAGCAGCUCUGACUGGUAAAGGUCCUGUGCAAAACCUUCUUGAACAUAUAUCCGAUCCACUUCACAAUAAUGUACUUUCUUUUAUCAAAUCAACGUAAGAUAGAAGUCUGAAAAAAUGCGGUCUUCUUGGCUGCCCUUUGAAAUCUAAAUUAUUAGGAAAAAAAUGUUUGUGUAAUUUAAAUGGUACCAGAAAAUAAUACAACGGUUAAAUCAUUAGAGUGCUGAGUCUGAUUAGGUA